CGUCCCGAGUCACCUGCUAACGGUCGAGGCUGGGAGCUAAUCUCUAUGACGUCACCAGCUUACGUGAUUGGCCAGCUUCACGCCACGGAUGGUUUACACUGUGAAACUCCCAGAAAACAACUAGAUGUUAACGUAUCAAGUCUUGGCAGAUACACGUUUGAGGGUCAAAAUACCGGAUCAAGCCCGAGUUUUGAAGUGAAAACAAACGGCUUAACGUAGCAGAACAGCUGUAAUUCUCACCAGGCAGGAAUUCAUUAGCCUGACGGGGCGAGCCAGAUGGUAUCGUGGUUUUAGUGCUAACAGUGUUGUACGUCAUUACAUACUGAGUGACACACACACACACACAUACCAGCACAGUACGUCAUUACAUACUGAGUGACACACACACACACACACAUACACACACCAGCACAGUACGUCAUUACAGACUGAGUGACACACACACACACAUACACACACCAGCACAGUACGUCAUUACAUACUGAGUGACACACACACACACACACACCAGCACACGUCUGAGUCAGACUACACACGGGAGGUCAAUGGCACACAUGGCAACAACAACCUCAGACCAGAGGUCACAGAAUGACCCUACAACUAGAGGUCACAGUAUGACCCUAAAACUAGAGGUCAUAGUAUGACGCUACAACUAGAGGUCACAGAAUGACAUCUAGAGGUCACAGAAUGACCCUACAAUCAGAGGUCACAGUAUGACCCUACAACCAGAGGUCACAGUAUGACCCUGCAACUAGAGGUCACAGAAUGACCCUAAAACUAGAGGUCAUAGUAUGACGCUACAACUAGAGGUCACAGUAUGACCCCACACAUAGAGGUCACAGAAUGACCCUACAACCAGAGGUCACAGAAUGACCCUACAACUAGAGGUCACAGAAUGACCCUAGAGGUCACAGAAUGACCCUACAACUAGAGGUCACAGAAUGACCCUACAACUAGAGGUCACAGUAUGACCCUAGAACUAGAGGUCACAGCUUUCACCUAAGGCCACAGCUAUGACCCAGAGCAUAGCGAACAGAGGUCACACCUUUGAACUGCGACAAGAUAUCAAAUCUCUGACCUGCUUCUACAGCUGUAUACACGCUAGAGACCUGGCGACUCGUAUGAUGUAUCUUUUGGUCACUGACAGGAAGUCCGCAAUGAGCAGACAACGAGGAAAACACCUGAAGAACCCCAUCCCCAAUGUAACAAGGAUAUCAAUAUCAGUAGCCUGGUUAAGCAACUCCAGCUCUACUGCCUCUACUGUCGGACACCACAGUAAUAAGUGACAAAAAUCUAACCUAAAUCCAUCAUGACGACAAUUGUACCAUUUUAUGGAAUCAUACAAAGGGUGCAUUAGAAAAGUAAGGGUACGCUCUGUAUCAACAAAGAGACAUGAGUGACUUAGUCCACGAAGCUCUCUCCCUCACAACCGAGGGGGAGACGGUCAAAGAUAUGCAGUCAGUCUCAGAGUUUUCCCAGGACAUCGAGUCCACCACCGACGUCCACGAAGAGGCCCAGCCGGCCGAAUCCUUCACCACUGAACACCGGGCCGAGUCCUACAUCAGCGACCACGGGGGAGAGUCCGAAACGGAACAGCGGGUGGAAUCUGAAACGGAUCUUCAAGCAUUGGAACAAGUGAGCCCGGAUGUUCUCAACCCCGAGGAGCCGGUGAAAAACCCGAGCAUUGUGCUGCCUCAAGCUGCUGAAGACCCAGUGGCUCCACCACGACAGGCGGAGAAGCCACAGGUUGCAGUGGGCGCGGUCAAGAAGUCAGGAGGGGUAGCGCUACACACAGUACUUUGUCAUUAUGCCGCGCCUGUCAUACAUGACCCGACCAAGCGGGUGGUUCGUCCCGUAUCGGACCGGAUACCUGUCAGUUCUUACGCCGGGCCGGAUAGACAGCUGGACUUGGAAAGAUACAAUCUGAACUUGUACAAAAAAAACUGCCAGCGUGAGUGGACAUCGAACGCCGCAGCCUCAGACCCACCGCGGGCACAGAAGAGCAAGCUGUACAGGGUGAAGAAGAAGAAGCAGGUGGAUGACUGGCUCAAGGCUGAGGAAAAAACCAAAGAGAGGCGGGACCAUGAACUGGCGGUAGAGCUCGGGUACGAGACACUCGUAGGCAACCUGCUGUAUAUUGACAUCCCCGGCGGACGUGACGUCAACCGCAGCUGGGAGAACUUUCUCAGCCAUGACGAGAUGGACUGGGGAUUCCCCUACUUCAAGGGCAGCAAAGAAAGGCCUCGUGCCAAACAGCCAGAGCCCUACCUCGCCCACCAGGUGGUGGAGAAACUCUGGAAAUUCCCGAAGGCUCGCUUGACCCGAACCAACGUUGAGGAGCAGGACAUGUCUUUGGUUUAACGCUUCGAGGAAAGGAACUGGCAAUGGCCGCAGUGGAAUCAAACAUACAACGUUGUCCUGAAGCACCGAAUAAUAAUUGUAGAUCAAAUGGAAAACACAAUCAACUAACCAUCUAAAACAAUAUGUAGUGGUCAUCUGUCCACCAGGAGAAGCAACCUACCCAUCCAGUGUUUCUUUCAGACUUUUUUCUGUGGAGGGGAGUGGGGGG